AUGGGUCAAAGGGACAUUUUACCAUUGGAAACGUCCAUGAAAAGAAAGAGAGGGCUUCACACUGCCUCGAUGUGUCGGCUGGAUGUGGACCCCGCUGUAACUGUACUGAAGAAGGAAGUUGAGCCCGGCGAAGAAGAUGCCCUUUCCUCGUCGAGGUACAUGCUGGGCCGUGGGGUGAAGCGCAAGCUAAGUGACUGCGAGGAUCCUGCGCUGGGCCUACCAUACCCCCAGCAGAGGCAGCUGGUGCUGGAUCUGUGCCUGGACAAACUUCAGAGCUGCCAACGUCGCGCUGAGCCCAGCCUUCACCGUUCUGUCCUGCUGGCCAACACCCUCAGGCAAAUCCAGCAGGAGAUGAGGCUGGAGGGGGGAAACUGCUUACCUCCAGCGCCACCUGCCCCUACGCUCCUUCAUGCCUCCACGCCACGCCACAUCCCUGAACUGCCACCUGUGUCUUUAGACUGUCCUCCCCUUCUCAGUGGAUCACUGUCCCCAUCUGAUUCCCUAGCAACAAGUGAGGACGAUGAGGCCCAGUUAGACUGUGCUGAAAGCAAACCACUUUAUUCAUCCCUCUCAGAUGAGGUAGACGAGAGGCCAUCUGAUUCACUGUUUGGUUCAUUCGAGAUCACAAAUUCCACCAGCUAUCUGACGGACCUAGCGCUGGAUGACAUCUUUGAGGACAUUGAUACAUCUAUGUAUGAUUCAUCCGACAUCUCUGUCCUAGCGUUCCCUGCCCCGCGAGGCAAUGGUGUGGCCUCUGGGAUAGGAGAUGAAGGUCUCAAGAACUUUUCUAGCUGCACCUCCAACACCCUGCAGCUUUGCCUUUCUGACCUCAGUGACCUGGACCACAUCAUGGAGAUCCUUGUGCGCUCCUGAACCACUCAACACACACAAUCCUUUCUCAGAUAGACAUCCCAGUGUUUUGAAGGGGAUGUGAAUAAUGAAAUGUUUAAUUAAAAAAACAAAUACAGUUUUUUUUUUAUUUAUUUUUAUACAAAGAACUGAUAUAUUUAUAAGAGGAAAAAAGACUGGCAUGACACAUACUCACUGUAGGAUGAAUGCACAUUAUUCUGACUUUUCAGGUGGUCAAGCUUAGGCAGCCAUCUUUUGUAUUUAAGCAAACUAAGAUGUAUAUGCAGGGACUUUGAGACAAAGUAUUACCAUUGAGACUUAUUUAUACUGGAUAGUCACUCACGUUUAUGAAUUUUGAAGAAAACAGACAACUAUGUGAAAACUAGGUGGAUACAUUCUAGCUUUUUGAUGAUACUUUUAUUAUUUUUAUUUUUAUGAACUGAUCCCGUGAGUAUUUCUCAAGCAUUAAAUUUACUGUCAUUAAUUGUGGUGGAUCAUAACAUGCACACUCAACACUCACACUACCUCUCAAAAACCAAGAGCAAGCUCUCUCCCUGUACAACAAUAGUCAUGGAACUUGUCUUUCAGUGGUUGUUUUACAGUAAAUUUUAAAAAAGACUGGCAAUGAUCUGUGAUGUCAGCCCAUGAAAGACCUCAGAAAUAUUCAGCCCAAAGCAACUAAAAAGGAAUAUUUCCAUUCAGAAUUUGUCCUGCAUUUGCUUUCAUUUUCUGGAUCCUAGAGGGGAAUGAAUAACCUCAUGUGGUCCUUGAAGGGUUUUAUUUUGUUAUUUUAUUUUAAUUUUUUUGGGGAAGUAAUUUUUACAUCAUACGUGAUUGUCAGAUUGCAGACACUGUUGAACCCUUCACAUGAACUUAGUGCCUACAAUGGAGGACGAAGACUGGCGCUGGUGGAAGUGCACACUGUGGACCCACACGUGGACUUGCCUGAACCUGUUUCUCUAACCCCACUAUUUCUAUCUUCUUCUAUGCUGAUUGUUUUCACGCUUCAGUAGGAUUCUAAAGAAGCCAUUUCCUCGGAUGUCGUACACAUCUGCUCCCACCCCUUGCAAAUUCUCUGCAAAAACAAUUGUGGACGUCUGUGGAUCUUGUGGUCAAGCUGACCAAGCCAGAAUGUCCAACCGUAAUAUCCUCAGACAUGGGGCUCUAUCCAAAUCCUUCACCCUCAUCGUGUUUAUUGCUUCACAUGAAGUAUGGGGCAGUAUGAGGUACACUAGUUGUUUAGUAGCAUGGUUGCCAGACCCUGCAGAUCUGCCCUGCGUAAAAGUAAGGAUGCACCGAUCACCACCGAUGCUAGACACUGACCUUAUUAAAUGGACCGGCCUGUUUUGAUCAAUCUGUAUUUGAUAGUGUUUUCUUUUGUCACAAUCAUUAAAAAUUGAUUACUACUUUGUCAUUUUACUUGACAGUAGUUAUUUUUUUUAUUUUCUGAAGUGAAAUAUAAUUCCAGCUUUGUUUUCUUGCACAUAGAACUAUCCCGAAUAAUUCCACACAGUGAAAUGUGUAGAUUAUAGACUGACUGGUUUUAGAUUGGUGUGAUCGGUGCAUCCCUGCAUAAAAGUGCAUGACAUGGUCAGGUCUUUACUGAUCUUGGAGCAUGGAAGAGUCCUGUGGCAUAAGCAUGAUGUUUGUAUUGAGAGAAGAAAUGAUAGAGGGGGAGGGGAAGGAGUAGAAGGGGGGGUUUUGAGAGAGAGAGAGUGAGAGAGAGAAACAGAGAGAGAGAGAGAGAGAGAGAGAGAUUAGGAGGGGGUUAAAGCUCGAAGCUCCUGUCACGCGGAGGCUCUUGCUUGUGGAAAAGGCCACAUUGAGAGUUUCACAACAACAGCUGGUAUGUGUGUGUGUGCGCGUGUGCACAUUUGAGUGUGUCAGUGCCAAACCCCACCCCCCAAAAAGGGGCCCCAAGGGCUCUAUUCUCCUCCCACCCAAUCAGAGUUAGUUAGGGGAGGAGUUGCAAGCAACUCAGAGUAAAACGCCUUCCCUGCUCAGGACUCUCACUAACACUAGCGAGUCAUAUCUCUCAAGAAAUGUCUCAAUGUUUUAACUUUUUAAGGCUCACCAAAAAAGAAAUAAUAAUGCUCUUAACCCAGUACACUUGAAGUAUGUAUGUGGGUCCGUAAUUGAAUUGUUCACUGUCAUAAUCAACAUGCAAAUGAUGUAGUUUCAUAGUAAUAGUUGGUGAAUAUGAAUUAAUAAUGGAGUUAUAAGCUUAGUGUUCAAGCAGCUGUAAUUUGGGACUCAUUUGUAUUGUCACUGAAAAUUCAACAUUUUAGAUUUGCAAAAAUUGACUUGGCAGCCAGCAGCAAUAGAUAUGGUUCUUUUACUAACACUAGUCUUUCAGCAUAAACAGCAACUUUUUUUUCCCUCCUCCCUUCUCUCUUCCUUUAACUCAAGCUCACAAACAUACUCCCCACCCCCCCUCACAAGACAGGCAGAGCCACAAGGAAAUCUGACCCCUAAUGAAGUUUACACUCGGAGUUUGCGGUAGCAUGCUCUGAGAUGGUGUUAAAGAAAACUAUAAACCCGAGACUUAUGUAAUUGCACCCAGCAGCGUUUAUCUAAGUGGUGUAUUUUUGAUUGUGAGAGCUGUGUAUCAAAGUGUAUAGCUUUGUAAGCUUAAGGUUUUUUUUUGGUUUUUUUUUAAUUAUUUUUGUUUGUCUGUUUGUUGUGAGCAUAUAUAUAUAUAUAUAUAAACAUAAUUUGUAUAUGUUUUUGUUUUUCUUUCCAUGUAAGUGUGAAUUUUAUUUGAAGUUUUUGGUCUGUUGAUGACCAAAGAUUGUGAGAUAAUUUAUUGCAUUUAUUUAAGAGUGGAAAAAAAUUUCUGUAGGACGAUUUAUUUGUUUUGUAGCAGGGCGUCUACUUCACCUCUUCUGAGUAAUAAUUACAUAAUGUGUGUAAAUAGUUCAUUCAGAUUUUGAAGAGAUUAUUAUUAUUAUUAUUAUUAUUAUUAUCAUUAUUAUUAUUGAAGGUAUUUGUAAAGUUUGAAACUGUGCUCAUUUGAAUGACUGUGGGGAUCCUUUUAGAGUGAAUUUUAUUCAGAUAAUCUUCCUUUGGACCAGGCAGUUAAUCUGGCAGCUCCUUACACUGUUUUCACACUGAAAUGACUGACUGCAUUGAAAAAAAAAA